AUGGAUGAAGAAUGCGUUGCCAUCGAAGGCAAGACAUUAUAUAAUUCGGGCAGCUUCAGUAUCGACAAAGCGACCCCCGAUACAUGGGGUCGUUCCAUCGUCAACGGGGGCCGGCCUACGACUGGGCCCCGAGUCCGCGGGCAUGGGCAAGGUCGCGAUGGCGAACCUGAUGGUCUCAUGUCUAGCUAUACAGCGCUCCGGCUGGUCGUGCUCGCUGGCAUUUGCGCCGGCGUCCCGAGCCAGGAGAAGGAGAACGACAUCCUUCUGGGCGACGUCGUCAUUAGCGAGACGGUCAUCCAGUACGAUUUCGGCCGGCAGUAUCCCGGAGAGUUCAGCACCAAAGUUUCCAUCGCCGACGGCCUCGGUCGUGCGGACGCCUCCAUUCGCACGCAGGUCGAGGCCUUUGAGUCCGACCACGAACGUGACCGUCUCAUCAACCGUGCUGCCAACGUCUUGACCGAGAUCCACGACAAGGGCAAGAAGAAGCGACGGCCGGUCGAUUACAGUUGUCCUCAUCCCUCGACGGAUCUCCUGUUCGAGUUUAGCUACCUGCACAGACAUCAGGGCUCAUCCGACUGCGGUUGCUCCACUACGCAGGCGUGUAAUGUUGCGGUAGCAACAGCCUGUGAGGAGCUAAACUGUGGUGCGUCGUAUUUCGUCCACCGGCCUCGCCUCGAGCGGCUCGUCUCAAACCAGGACGACGCCGCCUUCGCCGAGCUGGAAAUCUUCGUUGGCUGCAUCGGGUCAGGGGAUACCGUGAUGAAAUCGGGGGAGCGCCGGGACAAGAUGGCGAAAAAGCACGGCAUCAUCGCCUUUGAGAUCGAAGGAGCCGGGGCGUGGGACGGGGCGCCAUGCGUCGUUGUGAAGGGCGGUGGCAAGGCGGUUGCCCACAGCCGUAUGCAACGCAGUCCAGCCCUUGUGCUGGCCAGCCUUUCGCUGCAGCCUCAGCAGCUCGUGCGCCUUUUUCUCAUCCGCCAGGAGCAAUUCAACGAGGCUCGAAUUGCCGUUACGAGAUGCUGCUUGAGCAGUGUGGUGCAGCCAAAGGCCGCCAGCACGACCAAUAUGGUAUCGGCGUAG